UCCUCUCCACAGCACUCACAGCUGUUCUUAUCCACGUCUUCCAGAAAGAUCUUCAGCUCUUACAGAAUCUGAAUAUUUGUAAUUGACUUGCUUUUACGGACAUCUCGUUCUUUAAAAGCUAUAAAACAAACUCCAAGAACAGAAAAAUGCUGCCUGCAACCUUCAAACUGUGUGCUGGCAUCUCCUACCGGCAUAUGAGGAACAUGACAGGUUUGAGGAAGAAUGCGAUGGUUGCCAUUCACCAUGAGCUGAACAGACUUGCAGUCCCGGGCCCCAGUAACUGGAUCAGCCAAGUCCGCAGACGUAGCUCCCUCCUCAGCUCUCGUAUUGAAGAAGAGAAGGGAUAUAGUGAGGAGGAGAUUUCUUAUGUGAAGCAAGGUGAGGAUGCACUGCAGAAAGCCAUCAGCAUCCUCAGUGACCAAAAUGGCUGGACUAUUGAGACUAUGGCUGCAAAUGGAGACAAAGUCCUGAGUAAGACAGUGCCUGACAUCGGGAAGGUAUUCAAGCUGGAAGUUAUGCUGGAGCAACAUCCUGACAAUCUUUAUCAAGAGCUGGUGGGAAAUAUGGAGCAGAUGGGCGAGUGGAACCCAAACGUCAAGCAGGUCAAGAUUCUUCAAAAGAUCGGCACAGACACAAUGGUCACUCAUGAGAUGUCUGCAGAGACACCCGGCAAUGUGGUGGGGCCCAGAGACUUUGUAAGUGUCCGCUGUGCCAAACGCCGGGGCUCCACUUGCUUCCUGGCAGGGAUGUCCACUCAACACCCCAAAAUGCCACAGCAGAGGGGGGUGGUCAGAGCGGAGAAUGGUCCUACCUGUAUUGUAAUGAAGCCCUGUGCUGAAGACCCAAAUAAGACCAAGUUCACCUGGCUGCUAAAUAUAGAUCUAAAAGGCUGGAUCCCAAAGACAAUCAUAAACAAAGUGCUCUCUCAGACACAGGUGGACUUUGCCAACCACCUCAGGCAAAGGAUGGCUAAUAAUGUUUCCAUGGAGAUGGCUCAUGCCUGCUGACACAAGAUGCCUCUUGAGCUUUGGCUCAACGGUGGCAGACGAGCAAACCCUGUCGGAGCAUGAAGGGGAUCAGUUGAAAAUGAUGCUUGUCUGAGACUUUUGGAAAGUCUGUC